GGAAGCCACCGAGUCCCUGAGUGUGGGCCUGAAGCGUUUAACUGAAAUUAAAGUUCUGUAUUGUUUGGCUCUUCUGCAUUUUUAUUGAUCUUUUGUGGCACUAUGAGACUUACUAUUGCAAUUUCUCCUCAAAAUCAGGAAGUAAAAAAACCAGUUGAAGCCUGCGACGGAGCCCAAGUUGAGUAUUGGAAAACGGCCUUAACGAGAACAGUUUUUUAACUGACCAUGGGGGGAAUGUGUCUUAUUCCUCCACGAACUGACAAGGCUGCCCUGUUGAAAUAAAACAGAAUUACAACGGUUCCCACACCUAUCAUAAACAAGCUUCAAAAUGAAACCGUUCUUGUUCGAUCGAAAGUUAGGUGUGGCUCUUUGGAUCCAAUCGAGCUUCGAAAUGAAACGAGUAAACAAUAUCAAACAAUUGUCGGCCGUCUUAGGGAGGUGGACCCUUCGAACUCUGAACUCUGUCAGACUUGUACAUAAUAUAAUACGCUCAACAAAUAACUACUGACAUCGCGGUUGUUGCAUACAACGUAACGCAACAAUAACAGCAGUAUUAAGUUUGUUGGAUGAAGAGUGGUAGGUUCACAUUAAGCGACAGGUUUUGUGGCAUUUGGAGGACCCUGCUGGAGUCGCAGGUUUACCGAUCAGGAGAAAGUAAGUGCGUAAAACCGCAGCGUGCUUGGAUGAUCGUGUACACGAUAUUUCUCGCGAAAUACAUGUAGGACCCUCUGAUCACGUCGACCUCAGACGUGCACUGUCUGAGCUGUUGAGAUAUGAAUGGCUGAUAAAGACAUGCCUUCCAGAUUGUGGCCCACAGAACAAUUUUUAAGUAUCAGAUUCACAUUGUACGGGAUAAUAAUGUGCAUUAUUGGAAAUAAUUUCUUUACGGUAAACUUCAGGUGCUUGUCCGAGUCUGCAUUCAAGUUUUCAGAUAUCCCCAAAGGCUUUGCAAUAAUUAACGCUGUAAGGGUUCCCCGAUACAAGGGUUUAGCAGUCCUGAUCCAAACUUAAAGGUUUCAAAUCAGUCUGAACACAUAUUUCAAGCCAACAUCAUCGCAUAUGAUGUUAUUUUCGGGAUAUUUUAACGUUGAAUGACCUAGUCAUUAAUGCUACCCCAGUUUAGGAGCAUGCUUAAAAAUUCUGUUACAUUAAACCCUGAAAAUAAGCCGUUUUAUACAUCAUGUUGUAAAAAUUUGUGCCGGAAAUGGGAGAGGAUGAAAAUCGUGAGGGAAUGAUUUGCCCGGCCUAAUAACUGUACUCCUUUCAAACAAGAGAAAUACUCCUGAGACGAGAAAUUGUGUAAACAUGUUUGGAGGUUUGGUCAUUAAAUAAAGACAGAAAUAGUUACCCCUACAUGAAAAGCUUGCGUCUCGGUCUUCUCCGGCCGUUUCUUGACUCGGCAAAAUUGUUGAAGAUAUUUACAAAAAUAAAUACUAAGGAAAUGCGGCCUUCUGCGGGGAUGUUCACCGUAAGGAGCAAACACUGCCAAGCCGGAUCCUACCCCCACGUCCAGACACAAGAAGAGCAAAAUAAAAUGGCUGCUGGUUGAUUUCAGUAGUGGACUAGUGACUUCUUGAAGCUCUGCUGCACAGCGAAGGAGUGAGUGACACGCUGCAAGCGCAGUAGCUUUUUUAUAUUGCUUUACUCAAUGGAACGCCCUGCCCUGUCCAUUGAAUUUAAUUAUAAAGGCUGUAGAUCUGGACAUUAAUGGGAUUAUCAGGGCAGGAGUGUAGAAAGCUGUUCCUAAAUUCACUACACAUGGAAGAACUAAAAUACUUGUGUUUGUCUUUUGUGCAUGGCAAACUAUUAAUUCUUUGACUGGUUCCCCUCGGGCUUAGCAUAUCACUAUUAUAGAGAUGGAAGCGAAACGGUUGGUAACCAUGACGAGAGAUGACACUGCUCGCUGGUACCGGGUAGGUAUGGACAGCGGGUAUGAAGGCACCUAUCCCUACGUCUGGUUGAGGGACAACUGUCGCUGUUCCGAAUGCCUGCAUGCCUCGUCCUUUCAACGACUGUUUCUGAUGGCCGACUUGGAUCCAGAGGUUGUGCCUCUGUCCGAGGAACUCGUGGACGAGGGCGGCGUCUUGCGGAUCACCUGGCCCGACCAGCACCGCAGCGACUUCGACGCCGCCUGGCUGAACCGCCAGCGGUUCUCAGGAUCUGACGACGGGAGCACGGUGAACAGUCCGGAGCUGGAGAUGUGGGGAGCCGAGCUAAACGGCAACAUCCCGACAUUCGACUUCCAGAAAGUUCUUCAAGACGACCGGGAGCUGUACAACUGGCUGAGUGUCUUGAACACCAAAGGCUUGGCCUUGGUGAAAGGCGCUCCAACUGAAAGAGGAGCUGUCGGCCAGCUGGCGGGUAGGGUUGCUUACUUGAAGCCCACCGCUAAUGGGGUCCAAUUUCAAGUCUUCAGCAAGAGGAACACCUGCAACCUCGCCUAUUCGACUUUGGGAUUGCCUCUUCACGGUGAUAUGCCGUAUCGGUAUUACACUCCGGGGAUCCAGAUGCUUCACUGCAUCAAGAAAACCAGCGACGUUGAAGGUGGAGAGAAUCACUUCGUGGACGGCUUCCACGUGGCGGAGCAGGUCCGUAAGGAGCGUCCCGAGGCCUUCCAGCUGCUGAGCACGCGAGACAUCGACUACCGGGCGGCAGGGACUGACUACGUUCUAGGAUUCCACCUUCAAACUUGCCUACCUGUCAUACAGUGUGACAAAAACGGUCGGGUGAAGCAGAUCAACUACAACAAUCCCGUGAGGGCGCCCCACAUGUCCCUUCCGGUGGCUCAGAUCACCGAAACCUACCGAGCCUUGAAGUUGUUCCAUAACAUGAUGUAUCGCCCUGAAAAUCUGGUGUACCAUCAACUGGCCCCAGGUGAAAUAGUCACCUUCAGCAAUAUUCGCACGCUUCACGCCCGCAGUGCCUACACCAUCACAGGCGAUGGGGGCCGCCAUCUUGAAGGCGGCUACCUCGACUGGGACGAGACCUUGUCGCGUCUGCGCGUUCUGAGGGCAAGUCUCUUCGGUGACGUUCUUCUCUGAACUCAACCAGCGGCACUUCACGCUGGAUGAAAAGCUGGAUUUUUUUUGGGGGGGGGGGAAGCAAGAGGCGGGGAGUAUGGUAAAAUGUCAUUAAAAGUCAAAUAUCCACUGAAUCUCCGAUGCAAGUAAUUUUUCUCUGUUUGGGCUCUAGGGCAAUAGUCCACCUACUUUGAUACACAAACUAAUGUAAUUGUUUUCCUAAAUGUUAAGAUGUUCAGCUGAUCUCCAAAAAGACAAAACUUCUUACCUUUAUGGGAAUCGAAGCACACUGUACCUCAUUUGAUAAUAUGUCACAAAGUUUUGUGCUUGUUUUUAUAUUGUUUUGUUUUGUUUUUUGGUUGUUUUGGUUUUUUUUGGACUUGUACAUGUCUAGGUCUGGUUGCGUCGCUGGUCCUAGUCAUGUUUUUGUUGUUUUAAAAUUGAGUGGUUCCAGUCACAAGAAAGGUUAAAGGUCUACCUUCUGGCGGGAAAUUUUGAAUAGCUUUUUAAUCCCAAGGGUCAUCUGGGAGCUUUGUGUUUGAGCUUAUGUUUUGAUGAGGAGUGGCAGAGUGCUUGAUAUCUGCAUUACUGAUCGCCGCACAAAAUAUAGUUUGCCAGAUAUCGAUUUAGGUAUUGCUUGGAUGGUGGAAUUCUAAGCUUUAUCGCCAACUGAUUUUGUGUGAUUUUGCUGAUUUGAGAGAUCUUAACUCUCAAAUCAUUUUUCUGCUUGUGAGGGGCACACGAAAAGAUCGUACUGUUUAUCCGAGGAGAGGGACGUCUUCGUGACUGUGAGUAUACUUGAUGUAAUUGUUUCUAUUUCUGCAUUUUACCUAUUUUUAUAAAUGAAUAUUGGGCAUCAUCCAUUCGAGUGAUACUGUGCUGGAUAUGACUUUGACGAAUAUUGAGGGAAGAUUUGUGAAUUAAAUGCAACAGAUGAUCUAGAUCGAGAUCUUUUGUUUUCCACUGAUGUAAUAUUUCAACUGUUUUGUUGCAAAAAAGAAACAAAACCACAUUAUUGCAGUGGUAGAGUAGGUCAAUAUUUGGGCGAAACCAUGAUAUGUAUAUGGAUACUGAGACGUAACGUCAUGUUCCUCUUUUAACCCUAACUCCCUAGGGUGUGUGCAAAAUCACAUUAAAAUUGGAGGAUUCAGCUGUUAGGGUUAAAGAACCCUGGAAAUGAUUUUUCUUGUAGCCUACUAGAUAUGUAGUGAAGCAAGUCUUUGGCUCAGUUAACAUUAAUGACCAGCUAGUUCAUGGGUUGAGGCCACAGAUCUCCCCGCGGAGGUCAUCCCAACAGGCUUUAGUAAGAGUGCCACUUACCCCGACUAUGGACUCCUUCCUGUGAGGCCUCGUCUGUGGGCCAACGCGGUGAUGGACAGUUGUGGAACAGAUGGCUGAAAGGAUACCAACGGAUGAUAGUAAAGUUAGUUUGACAAACCUAUAGGAAUGUCCAAUGCCGAGAAGAAAAUCAGACAUUCGCUGUACAAACCAAUAGGAAUACCCAAGAUCAAACUAACUUAACUGUUGUUAGCGGCAGCUGUUUCCUGCAAGUUUAGGACUCAGCGAACGUUUGUGAAGUUAGCUGUACCUAUUACGGACAAACGUUCCAAGAAGGGAACUCUUUACACGUGUCUGGCCAGACCUUUGAAUGUGCAGUGGAUUUUGUUCGUUCUUUUCGUAAAUAACAUCAGAAUUAAUCCCAUACUAUACGUUUUUAUCUAGGAACCUUGAUGGUUCUAACAGAGUAAUAAUUAACGUACGGUUAGAAUUAAGACAUUCGGAUAACGGGUUGUGCUGGGUUAAUGUUGAAUGUCCAUUUUACUCGCUGAUUUGUCAGUUCAGAGUUUAUUCCUUUCUUCCAAUAGUUGAUUUUGUGACCGCUGUUUGUGUGUCAUUAACCCAUAUAGGAAGUGCUGUUUAUAAUGACUAUAAUUUUUACUUGGCCAGUAUCAAAUAUCUUCGUAUCAUGUUGUCAGUUCCUGAUUGAAUUAUCUGUUUUCUUGUUUUCACUUGCGCUUUCAAAACAACGCAAGCUUUCCCCCGUAAAUUCGUUUCUAUCCGGGUCACUCUGGCAUGGGUACCAGUGCUUAAUCGGUGGUGGUGACCAGCAUCAAUUACGCGAGGCAUGUUAGGCCUUCCCCUAUUUACUCUCCACUGGUAAGCCCCGGGCCAGACGCGGCCAUACCCGCAGCUUGCCAAGUAGCAACAACUAGUGAGUAUAACGUGUGCAAUGUGUCAACCAAGCAGAUUUCAGUGGGAAUAAAAUAUUAUUGUCAAAGUGCAGAUGUUCACAAAAUACAUUUGAAGCAAGAUAUGGGACGGAGAGAACCCCCUCCCCGGUUGUGUUGGUCAUUGUUUGAUCGGAAUCUCAGGAAUUCUUUACAGACUUCUAGGGGGGGGGUAUGUUAAGUAACAAUUGUCUAGAGUGUGUAUAGGGAUUGGACAGGUAAGGGGGCUACCCCUUCGUCCCACGUCUUGCCUGGUAUUACGAAAUAAGUCUUCACUGCUCAGGCCAAGCAUUAAUUUGAAGUUUCAGAUGAUGCCUUAUGGAGGUGUCUUUUACUGAGCAUAAACAAAUGAAUAAAUUUUAUAGUUUACAAGUAACUGCAAACAAUAAAAUAUAACUGCAAAAUUAUUUUUUUAAAAACAGAAUUUUGCAUAGAUCACAGAACAAUUUAUGAUGGUAGACGCCAAUUGAAUUUAUCUAAAAGUAUGCAUUUCUUUUUUAUUUGUAUAUAUUUAUGAGCAGCACCUUUAUCCAUGUGAUUUCUUGAAAGCUGUUAGAAUUAAUGUAGGUAAUUCUUUACACUUGUAGAUGGAAAUCGGAAGUGUUACAAUCGGUGUAUUAUUUUCAAAUUUCACGCAUGAUUAAUCUUUUCAGCAGCGGAGUGUGGUGAAAAUAAAACAAGGUUUUUGAAGAAUUGUCACUUUUAAAA